UAUGGCAAGAGUCAACAGUUUACUGUAGAAAUCCAAUACUUAGUACAACAUGAAAUUCGCUGUAGUUCUUAUUGCCGCUUUGGCUUUGGUAGCCCCUGCUUUUGGCAGAACCAUGGAUCGUUGCUCCUUGGCUAAGGAAAUGUAUGCUUUAGGUGUACCAAAAUCCGAUUUGUCAAAAUGGACUUGCAUUGCUGAACAUGAGAGCUCAUACCGUACCGGUGUUGUUGGCCCAACUAACUCAAACGGUUCCAACGAUUAUGGUAUCUUCCAAAUCAACAACUACUACUGGUGCCAACCUGCCAACGGUCGUUUCUCUUACAACGAAUGCAAAUUGAGCUGCAACAAUUUAUUGACUGAUAACAUUAAGGAUUCCGUUACCUGUGCCCGCAAAAUUCAAGGACAACAAGGCUGGUCUGCUUGGUCUACCUGGAAAUACUGCAGUGGUAGUCUUCCAUCAAUUGAUUCCUGCUUUUAAAUUAUUAAUUUAGUUUUUAAAAGUUUGCGAAAAAAUGUUGCUGAUACCAAUUACGUUUAAAUAAAUAUAAUUUUUUAUAAAAUUUAA